AUGGAGGUGUUCGUGGGCACCUGGCGCCUGGUGGACAUCGACAACUACGACAACUACAUGAAGGAGAUCGGAAUGAACUUUAUAACUCGACAGUUGGGCAAUGUCAAUAAACCCACCACAGUCAUCAAGGUGGAUGGGGACCAGGUCACUGUGCAAAGCAUUAGCACCUACAGGAACUCAGAAAUUACGUUCACCCUUGACAAACCAUUCGACGAGCGUACCCUUGAUAAUAGAACUUGCAAGACAAUUGUACGAUUUGAAGGUGAAAAAUUGAUUCAGACUCAAAAAUGGGAUGAAAACCAAACAACACUAGUCCGGGAAAUCCGAGACGGAAAAUUAAUAUUGACACUUACCUUUAACGAUGUUGUCAGUGUUCACACAUACGAAAGGGAGGAAUAAGGAUGCUACUUUUUAUUAUUUGCUGUAAUUCAUGUUAUGGUUUCAGAGGGAAAUAUGCAGUGUUAUUGUACCUUUCAUAUGUAAUUCUCUGACAAACCUUAAAAUGUAUUAAAUAUAUCACAUAUUUGGGAACAAUGGUGGGAUUUUGGA